GGGCGGUACCCUUCAGUGGAGCAAAUGUUUGGCCUACCAUUGUAAACAAUAACAUCAGACAAAACUCAAACAAACUUACUGGAGCCUUUAAAUAAGAUGUCGCUCUCUGGUACACGCUCAGUUGCUUUUCAUUUGUCGUAGGCGGAAGUCGUCGCUGACGGGUUGAAGUCCGACCUAUAGAGGAGGUCCGUCCGGCGCCCACGCUUCUCCCCCAGCCGGAGUCUUCGCGUCUCGGGUCCGUUCCCAGCGUCUUCGGAGGACACUCGUCAGACCAGAGAGAGAGAGAGAGAAAGAGGGUCGAUCGUCCAGAAUCCCCCGACUGGAGUCCAUCCAUACCUUUCCAGAAAGCUUCCGAUGAAUUCGCUGUCGCCAACCAGUCUCUACCACAACUUGCCUCUUUCUCCCUUUUAUCCGCCUUCCUUCUACUUCUCCCAUCUCCUCUCCGCCGCUUCUCUUCCCUCGUCUUAUCCCCCUUCCAUCCCCGCCUCCAUCUUGUUCCCCCCAUGCGGUCUCGGCGCCUCGACUCCAGAGUCUGAAGCUCAGCAAAAACCUCCCUUUUCGUACAUAGCGCUCAUUGCAAUGGCCAUCCGAAGCGCUCCUGAGCAGAAGGUGACGCUGGCAGGGAUCUACAGGUUCAUUAUGGACAGGUUCCCUUAUUACAGGCACAAUCGCCAAGGAUGGCAGAACAGCAUCCGGCAUAACCUGUCUCUCAACGACUGCUUCAUCAAGGUCCCAAGAGAAAAAGGCCGGCCCGGUAAAGGAAGUUACUGGGCCCUCGACCCAACAUGUUCGGACAUGUUCGAAAACGGGAAUUACAGAAGGCGGAAGCGACGCCCCAGACAACCGUCGCAUCCUCCGGAGUCGUCCAGAGAACCACUGCCGAGGCUAGGCAGAACCUCCAUCCCAAAGAAGGAGGAGGAGGAGGAGGACGCGGAGAUGGAGUCUGCAGACAGGAUAAUCAACUCGUUAGGCCCCCAGUUCGAAUCCCGUGACAUUCGCGCACAUAAUCCGGUCCUCUUGGGAUACCCAAAGCAAUACGGCGGUCAUUCACACUUGCAGGAAUUGGAAAACAUUUCCAAAUACUCAGGUCAACGGGACUACCUCCGGAAUAGCACAUCGCCCACGGAAAAUCAAAAGUCAGGCUUGAGAGCACACAGUGGUGGCACUGCUGACGACAACAGCCUAAAUCCAGUGGCGUUCAUCAAAGAUUUAAGCAACAGGAGUCUGUCUGUAGAAAGCAGUUCCCUUUUAAACAGAACAGCCAAACUGGACAGACCAGGCGACAGGUUUGUAAACCCUUGGUCCUUUCUACACUGCUUCCCAAAGUUUCUGCCGACCAAAGAGGAGACGACAAUGGAGAAUCCUUCUGCAAAAUAUCGUAAACCAGAAUCGAGUCCAGCACCUUCCAGCUUACAGAUUCCUGGAAUACCAAAAGCCUCAGACAUCGUCGUGCCUAAGUACAAAGGAGCAGAAUGGCCGACAGGAAUGGAGGCGGGCCAUCAGGAACAGAAUCAGGAAUCAGAUUCCAGUUUAGAUCGAGUGAGACAGCACCUCAAUAGUCCUCUCGACGUCCCAUGUUCAGCAGAAAGAGGCAAAAGUUUUCUGAUAGAAAACCUGAUUAGCUGAUUCGAUGUUUAAAAACACAUUCUUGGAAACCGAUGAUUAAUAAAUGUUAGCUUCAGUGUUAGAAAAGGGCCACUUUGUGGAAUUUGUUGAAAAGAGUUUAAGAUUGUCAACUGGAAGUUGUAGUACAUUCCGAGCCAAGGUCCACUUUCGAUAUUGUAAAACAGGUCAAAUAUGUGCCUUUUGAUAAAAUCUGAAAGAUUUCUGUAGUUCUGUAUAAUGUCAGCUUUGUGUUUUUCGAUGAAGAGGUCGCCAAAAUAAAAAUUUAGAGGAGAAGACUAUAUUUUGCAUAUGUAGUUUACUGGAUUUAUAGUAAUUUAUUAAAACA